AUGGCGGCGCCGCCGACACCACAUGGCUACGGCCCACCUCCAGAUUAUCCAGCCGACAACGACGACACGCCUGUCGCUAGUCAAGUACACAACGGUUCAACCCUGCGUCUCCUGACGGACGCAGAGGGGAGCCAUCAAACAACCGAACGGAUACCUAGCCAUCUUGAGCGUACAUACCAUCCAUCCGAGGCAGUGCGUCCGCCCUCAAGACCGCCAUCGGUGCUUGACAAUGCCCCUCAAAUGCCGCCACCUAUUGCAGAGGUACCACCAUAUAUGCCGUUUAGGCCGGCAUCCAGGUCUUCCCAAUCACCAACAAGGCCUUUGUCACCACUGCGGAUGUCUACGGACUAUGCACGACCGCCAGCUUCAAACGUCCCGUAUGAGCCCGCAGACAUCAACGGACAGCCACGACCAGGAACUCCGGCGUCGCAAUAUGGCUCACCCAAGCGACCAUUACCUCCCCAGCCUCUGUUCGCCGGUGGACGUCCUCCGUCAUUUGAGAUCCCAAAGGACGGCUCGGAGGUGACAAGCGUUGAGAUCAGCGAAGAAGGUGACGACGUUUUCGGCCCAGCGAGCGGACAGACCGAGGACGAUGGACCGCAACGGCCUGAGCUCAGACCGCACGACAGCUUUGUUUCAGAGUCCACGUUCGACGAUGAGCUGUACGAUGAGAAAGCGGAGGGGUUGUACGGCCCGGCUCCGACAGGCAAGCAAGAGCGAAGGGGCGCGCGAGAGCAACAGAUGGCCAAGAAGGAGGUGCGCCUGAUCAACGGCGAGCUUAUCCUUGAGUGCAAGAUACCCACGAUCUUGUACUCGUUCUUGCCGAGGAGAGACGAUGUCGAGUUCACGCACAUGCGCUACACGGCCGUAACCUGUGAUCCAGACGACUUCGUUGAUCGAGGGUACAAAUUGAGGCAGAAUGUUGGUUUCACUAGUAGAGAGACCGAACUGUUCAUCUGCAUCACGAUGUAUAACGAGAACGAGAUCGACUUCACGCGGACGAUGCACGGCGUCAUGCGUAACAUCUCACACUUCUGCAGCCGAGCCAAGUCUCGAACCUGGGGAAAGGAUGGCUGGCAGAAGAUAGUGGUCUGCGUCAUGUCGGACGGUCGUGCGAAGGUACAUCCCAGGACGCUUGACGCACUAGCAGCAAUGGGCUGUUAUCAGGCCGGGAUCGCGAAGAACAUGGUGAACCAGCGAGAGGUGACUGCGCAUGUGUACGAAUACACCACGCAGGUAUCACUGGAUGCGGACUUGAAGUUCAAAGGCGCCGAGAAAGGUAUCGUCCCGUGCCAGAUGAUCUUCUGUCUCAAGGAGAAGAAUCAGAAGAAGCUGAACAGCCAUCGAUGGUUCUUCAACGCUUUUGGCCGCGCGCUCAACCCGAACAUCUGCAUCCUGCUGGACGUAGGCACCAAGCCCGGGGACGACUCGCUGUACCACUUGUGGAAGGCCUUUGACCGAGACUCGACCGUCGCCGGAGCAGCUGGUGAAAUCAGAGCGGCCAAGGGCAAGGCCUGGCUACAGCUGCUGAACCCUCUCGUCGCCUCGCAGAACUUCGAAUACAAGAUGUCGAAUAUCCUGGACAAGCCGCUAGAGUCCGUCUUCGGGUACAUCACUGUAUUACCCGGAGCGCUAAGUGCCUACCGAUACCAUGCACUGCAAAACGAUGAGACCGGACACGGACCCCUGAGCCAGUAUUUCAAAGGCGAACUUCUCCAUGGCCAGGAUGCUGACGUGUUCACGGCGAACAUGUACCUAGCCGAAGACCGGAUCUUGUGCUGGGAGCUGGUCGCCAAACGUAACGAGAGAUGGGUGCUGAAGUACGUCAAGAGCGCCACUGGCGAGACCGACGUUCCCGAUGCGGUCCCAGAGUUUAUCUCUCAGCGCCGGAGAUGGCUGAACGGUGCCUUCUUCGCCGCCGUCUACUCACUGCUCCACUUCAAGCAAAUCUGGUACACCGACCACACGAUUGGCCGCAAAAUCCUGCUGCACAUCGAGUUCAUAUACCAGUUCAUCUCGCUGCUGUUCACCUUCUUCUCGCUCGGCAACUUCUACCUGACCUUCUACUUCGUGGCUGGCUCGCUCAGCGAUCCGAAAACCGAUCCUUUCGGCCACCACAUCGGGGAGUAUGUCUUCGUGCUAAUGCGGUAUAUCUGUGUGCUCCUCAUCAUGAUGCAGUUCGUGCUAUCUAUGGGUAACCGACCCCAGGGCGCGAAGAAGAUGUUCCUGGCGUCCAUGAUAACCUUCGCCGUCAUCAUGGCAUACACGACAUUCGCAUCGAUCUACAUCGUGGUCAAACAGUUGACCAACAAGGACGACCUGCAGUUGGGCAACAAUCUGUUCACCAACAUGAUUGUCAGCUGCCUGUCAACGGUCGGGCUUUACUUUGUAAUGUCUUUCCUGUACCUGGACCCUUGGCAUAUGUUCACCAGCUCGGCGCAGUACUUCGCCCUACUGCCAAGCUACAUUUGCACCUUGCAAGUCUACGCGUUCUGCAACGCGCACGACGUGACUUGGGGCACAAAGGGCGACAAUGUGAUGAAGCGGGACCUGGGCGUUGCAAAGGCCUCGAAGAACGGAACCGUGGAGCUAGAGAUGCCGUCAGAGCAACUCGACAUCGACUCCGGCUAUGACGAAGCGCUGCGCAAUCUGCGUGACCGUGUUGAGGUACCAAAGCCAGGCGUUUCCGAGUCGCAGCAGCAGGAGGAUUACUACCGUGCCGUACGCACGUACGUCGUCAUGGUGUGGCUGACCUGCAACGCGAUCCUGGCAAUGGCGGUCACGGAGAUCUACAGCGACAUCCAUAUCUCGGAUAACUUCUACCUGAAGUUCAUUCUCUGGUCAGUGGCUGGCGUUGCGCUCUUCCGCGCUAUUGGAUCCAGCGCUUUUGGCAUCAUCAAUAUCAUACACUCUAUUGCGGAAGGGAAGCUGAAGAUGGAGACGAAGCGCAACAACCAGGCAAAUUCCGUGAGCGGCAGGAGCAGCAGAAGCUGGGGUAGUAAGAUGAGCGUACCGAGCUGGGUCAGCGGUAGUAGUAGCUGGGUCAGCAGCAAAGUCAGCAGCAUUGGAAGCACCCUCGGACGAUGA